AUGCUUGUCAUCCCGGCUACACAGGACACAGAGGGCUGGUCUCUGGUUGCUGCCUCAGAGACACAGCUGCAAGAAGAUGGAACCUUCCAGAACAGCCCAGGAAUGGAUAGCUUGGAGGCUGCCCAGCCCACAGUCAAGGCUCCUUCUGAGGAUGCCUCCAUCCUCAGAAUCAAGGGAGGCUGCUCCCUUGAUUACCUAGGACAGGCCCAGCUUGAAGUCUUGACGACUCAACCAGAACCACGUGGUGAUGGAGAAGGGGAGAAAGUGCUUGUGCAACAGGAAAUGAACUCUCGGAGCCACACAGCAGUACAGGAUUCUAGCAGGCAUGCCUGCUGGGUGGUCACUCUAGGGUCCUUGUGCCAAAAGAUCACCAAGGAAGAAAAGGAAUCACCAUCCUGGCAAGGGUGUGAAAGUUGUGUGGAUUUACUGUUUGUGAGAGGAGCUGGAAACUGUCCUGAGUGUGGCACUCCUCUGAGAAAGAGCAACUUCAGGGUACAGCUGUUUGAAGAUCCAACUGUGGACAAGGAGGUUGAGAUUCGGAAAAAAGUAUUAAAGAUAUACAAUAAAAGGGAAGAAGAUUUUCCUACUCUAAGAGAAUAUAAUGAUUUCCUAGAAGAAGUGGAGGAAAUUGUUUUCAACUUAACCAACAAUGUGGAUUUGGAUAACACCAAAAAGAAGAUGGAGAUAUACCAAAAGGAAAACAAAGACGUCAUUCAGAAAAAUAAGUUAAAGCUGACUCGGGAACAGGAAGAAUUGGAAGAAGCUUUAGAGGUAGAACGCCAGGAAAAUGAACAAAGAAGACUAUUUAUACAGAAAGAAGAACAACUGCAGCAGAUCCUAAAAAGGAAGAAUAAGCAAGCUUUUUUAGAUGAGCUGGAGAGUUCUGAUCUCCCUGUUGCUCUGCUUCUGGCUCAGCAUAAAGAUAGAUCUACCCAAUUGGAAAUGCAGCUCGAGAAACCAAAACCUAUAAAACCAGUGACGUUUUCCACAGGCAUCAAAAUGAGUCAACAUAUUUCAUUAGCACCUAUUCAUAAGCUUGAAGAAGCACUAUAUGAAUAUCAGCCACUGCAGAUAGAGACAUGUGGACCGCAAGUUCCUGAGCUUGAGAUGCUAGGAAGACUUGG